UUGCAGUCAAUUUGCCGUUAUGUUCUGUUAUAUUUCUGCCGACAUUCUAUCGACAUUUUUAGCAAGCAGUUUCAAAAUCUGUUCUUGACAGAUUUGACUACCUGAAAUUUCUAUGUAAGAGUGCAAAGUAGCGAGACACAAAUUUGAUGAAGAUAUCACAAUUUAUUUUUUCUCACAAAUAUAAAUCAUGAAGAUCAAUUACGGGCAUCUGUGUAUAAAGGCGCAUUAUUUCUUUUUCGUGGCGAGUACUGGUGUUUCUUAUCCAUAUAUUCCAGUUUAUGGAAAGCAAAUUGGUGUUUCGCCAUUAGUUAUAGGUAUCAUUGGCACAUUUUUUUCAAUACUGCAUCUGAUAACGAAACCAGUAUGUGGCUUUAUCAUGGACUAUUCGCAAUGGAAAAAAUUGAUCUUUAUAGUAUUGGUCGCGCUAUCAAGUUGCUCUUAUGUUUCGAUAUUCUUUUUACCGUCAUUGCCGGGGCCAAUGUUGCUGGAUCAGCAUUUUCAAAAUAUUUCUUAUGCAUCUUUAUCGACUUGCGAUAUGGAAAAUCAUGCAUUAGCAAUUGCAUCGUGUAAUGGUACGAAAGACACUACGUGUCGCUGGAUAUGUAACAAUAUGAGAUCUUCUAUGGGAUUGUCUUUUUACCCAGACCAACAGAGAGCAAUUAUCUCACCAGAUACUGCAUGCUUAUUAAAUAUCAAUGAGACGUCAUUGAGCCAAAAAAAUGUGACAAAUAAUUAUAAUUGCAACGUUACUUGUGAUAAUUUCGAAGAUCAAUGUGUAUAUGCAUCUAACACUUUUUGGAGUUUUGUCUUCUUGUGGUCUCUUGCCGAGACUAGUUAUUUUACUUCCAUGAGCAUAAGCGAUGCAAUGUGUUUUCACAUACUAGGACAAGGUAAACAGUCAAAAUUUGGCAAACAGCGAUUAUGGGCCACGAUGGGUUACGGUGUUGCAGCAUGUUUAUCUGGAUAUAUGAUGGACUUAUGGUCGCCAAACGGAAUUUAUCAAAAUUAUACCCCAAUGCUUAUUCUCGCGCUCGUAUUUAUUUGUGUCAAUUUGAUCUGUUGUAUAAAAUUGGAGAUGCCACUUGAAAAAGGAUCGACAACCAUAUUGAAGGAUGUGUUUAUACUUUUAAAAUCUAAAUCUAUUGUUAUAUUUUUGUGUUUUGUUGCAUUUGCCGGUAUCCUUAAUGCCAUCAAGCGUAACUAUUUAUUUUGGUAUUUAGAAGAUCUCGCUAUUGCGACUGGUUAUAUGAAUAAAAUUAAAUUGAUAGAAGGAUUAAUCAUAAUAGCGGAGACUUUCGGUGGCGAAAUUGCAUUUCUUUUUUUUUCUGGCAAAAUAAUAAAGAAGCUUGGAUAUAGUUACACUAUUAUAUUUUGCUUUAUAUGCUAUGCAAUUCGGUGGGGAUUAAUAUCUCUAUCUCCAACACCAUGGUGGAUAAUUCCGAUAGAAUUAAUCAUGCACGGGUCAUCGUAUGCACUUUGCAUAGCAGCUAUAUCGGCCUAUGCGAACGUAGUAACACCUCCCGGUACGUCAGUUACUGUUCAAGGACUUGUUCAAGGCAUGCAUGAUAGUUUCGGGUUCUCAGUUGGUAAUUUUAUAAUAGGUGUCUCAUAUAAAACAUUUGGCGGUACAAUAACUAUGAGAAUAUUUUCAGCAUUUGCAACACUUUCUGCAUUAACAUAUUUUAUUUUUUCUGUUUUAUGUUUAAAACAUGAAACGCCAGGUUUACGCAAUAAUGUUGAAUGGAAAAAUCCGGAUGAUGCUCGAAAACACUGUGUAAUAGCAGAAACAUUUUUUUAAUCCUUUUUGUAUGCAUAAUAAAAAAAAUACAAUGCAAUAUUUUUUUGUAAAUCACGGUAAAUUGCGAUAAUUUGUAACGUUUCUACACAAUACAAUU